AUGCGUCUCUCUGUACCCAUUUUCUUUCUACUGUGGGUUAAAGCCCUGACAUUGAAAAAUCUCAAUUAUUCCGUCCCCGAGGAGCAGGGACCCGGCACUGUUAUAGGCAAUAUAGCAAAAGACGCCGGCUAUGGGACCAUCGAGCGGGGGAAGAAAUCCAACUUCAGAGUUCUGGAGAAUUCUGCACCACACCUGGUGGACGUUGACCCGGAGAGUGGACUUAUCUUCACCAAACAAAGGAUCGACAGGGAGACGUUGUGCCGACGGAACCCCAAGUGCCAGCUCUCGAUGGAGGUGUUUGCCAAUGACAAGGAAAUAUGCAUGAUCAAGAUUGAUAUACAGGACAUAAAUGACAACUCCCCCAGUUUUCCUUCAGAUCACGUUAACAUUGACAUCUCGGAAAACGCAGCUGCUGGCACACGCUUCCCCCUGACUAUUGCACAUGACUCAGAUUCCGGGGAAAAUGGGAUAAAGACCUACCAGGUCACCAGAGAUGAUUACAACACCUUCUCUUUGGAUUUAAAAGUGAGGGGCGAUGGGACUAUAUAUCCAGAGCUGGUGGUUCAGAGACCUCUGGAUAGGGAGGAUCAGAGUCAUCACACCCUCCUCCUCACAGCAAUUGACGGUGGGGAGUAUCCAAGAUCAGGCUCCAUGCAGAUCAACGUCAGAGUGACAGAUUCCAAUGACAAUAGCCCAGUUUUCGAAAAAUCCUCAUACGUAAUAGAGAUUCCAGAGAAUUCCCCGCCUGGAAAAGUACUUAUAGAUUUGAAUGCCACCGAUCAAGACGAGGGCAGCAACGGGCAGGUGCUCUAUUCCUUCACUGGAUACGCAUCCGAGAGAAUCCAAGAUUUGUUCUCCAUUGACCCCAACACUGGUGUCAUCAAGGUCCAGGGAGAAAUUGACUAUGAAGAGAAUCCAAUCAUAGAGUUCGACGUGCAGGCUAAAGAUUUGGGGCCCAACCCGAUACCCGGCCACUGUAAAAUCACGGUCAAAGUGCUGGAUAAAAACGACAACUCGCCCAUUAUAAGUUUUGUUUCCGUCCGACAGGGUGCCAUCAGUGAGGCGGCGCCUUCAGAAUCAGUCAUAGCGCUGGUCCGGGUGACGGAUAAAGAUUCUGGACGAAACGGUCAGCUUCAGUGCCGGGUGCUGGGAAACGUCCCCUUCAGGCUGCAGGAAAACAACGAUAACUUUUAUACGCUUCUCACAGACAGACCCCUGGACAGGGAAAUGAAAGACGAAUACAAUGUGACAAUAGUGGCCAGAGAUAAUGGGAUCCCCUCUUUGAACUACACCAAGUCAUUUACUGUGAAAAUCUUGGAUGAGAACGACAAUCCGCCGCGCUUUACAAAGACUAUUUACGUGCUACAGGUGCCUGAGAACAACAUCCCGGGGGAGUACCUGGGCUCCGUUCUAGCCCACGACCCAGAUGUUGGCCGAAAUGGAACAGUGUCGUACUCCAUCCUGCCAUCGCACAUAGGAGACGUUUCAGUGUACACCUAUGUGUCUGUGAAUCCCACCAACGGAGCCAUAUAUGCCUCGCGCUCUUUCAAUUACGAGCAAACGAAAUCCUUUGAGUUCAAAGUUCAGGCGAAAGACGGAGGAUCUCCCCACAUGGAGAGCACUUCAAUAGUCAGGGUCAACAUCCUGGACGUCAACGACAAUCUCCCGGUUAUUAUUUUACCCCUCCUGCAGAAUGAUACAGCCGAUAUCCCAGUGCCUAGAAAUGUAGGUAUUGGCUACAUUGUUACCACUGUGAAAGCGGUGGACCACGACCACGGGGAAAGUGGCCAUUUAACCUACGAGAUCACAGAGGGGAACGACGACCACCUGUUUGAAAUGGAUCCAGUGGGAGGAGAGGUCAGAACCGCCCAUGCUCUGUGGGAGGAAGUCGCCCCAGUGGUUGAGCUGGUGGUGAAGGUAACUGACCAUGGCAAGCCCCCCUUAUCUGCCGUCGCUAAGCUGAUCAUUAAGGCCAACACAGAAGCGGCACCAGGAGGGGGUGCCAGCACGAGCGGGGAACAGCAGCACUGGGACGUAUCCCUGCCCCUCAUAGUUACCCUCUGCAUUAUCUCUGUCAUGCUCUUAGCAGUCAUGACCGCCAUCGCUGUCAAGUCCAAGCAUCAAGAUAAGGAGACUGGGAAUUAUAACUGCCGCAUGGCUGAGUACUCCAAUCCUCCAGUGGGGAAGGGCAAAAAGAAAAGGAUCAACAAGAGUGACAUCAUGCUGGUGCAGAGUGAGAUGGAGGAGAGAGAUUCCGCGAGCCGGAUGAACGUGGUGAGCAGCCCCUCUCUCAUCACUUCACCCAUAUGUUUUGACUACCAGAGCCCUCUGCCACUCACGCUGCCCAGGUCAGAGGUCAUGUACCUGAAAACCACCCCAAACAGCCUGACAGUCCCCAGGGCAGGUUGCCACUCCAGCUUUGCCGGGCUUAGCACAGACACUCCAGCGAAUAGGAUGUCAGUGAUACAGACGGAAAAUUUCACCUCAGAGUCCAAUUACGCUGGCAGCAGGCAACCGUUCGUUCAAAGCUCUACAUUUAAGGAUGCAGAACGAGCAAGCCUCCGAGACAGUGGCCAUGGUGAUAGUGACCAGGCUGAUAGUGACCAGGAUACUAAUAAAGGCUCACACUGCGACACGUCUGCCAGAGAGGCCCUCAAGAUGAAAGCAACAGCGGUAAAUGGCCAGCCUUUUGAGCAGGAGCAAGACAAAUCAGUCCACUGCACCGAUGAAUGUCGUGCACUGGGACAUUCUGACAGAUGCUGGAUGCCAAAGUUACGGGUAGGAAGCCAAGCAGACAGCGCCGAUAAUCGCACCAACCUUUUCAUCCCUGUGGGAAUGGAUGCCAUGGUAGAGACAGAGAUUUAUGGCACCAUCAGUUGCAGCAGCAGCAGAAAAACCCUCAGCACGUUUGGGAAGGAGCAGCGGGACAGUACAAUCCUCGUGGCCAAUGUCAAACCUUACUUAAAGUCGCAGCGUGCACUGAGCCCGCCGCUACAGGAGAGUCCGUCGGCAUCCGGCAGUCCCAGCAAGAGCAGCACGCCCCUGGAUUCGGCCAACCCAGGGUCCAAAGAGGAGAGGGAGGGGGGUUCAAACAGCAGUGCCUACGGCCCUCCAGAUGGCCAGUGCUCCCCGCUGCACACGGAAUUGGAGGAGCCGUCCUACCUGACCUGCGAGCUCCGGCCCAAGUCCCUGUCAAGCAGUCUCAUUCACAGCUCCGUCAUCAGCCAGGAGUGCGGGGGGUCAGAUUACGCUCUCGACCCGCGGGACUCUGGCAACUGA